AUGCUUUUGAAAGUAAUAGUAUCAUGUUUUGUGGUCACUUUGGUCAACGCCGGUGAUUAUCAAAAUUCUGGCACAUUAUCAUCCAAUGAUUAUGGAGGAAACAGUUUUGACUUAAGUACGAGUGCGGGCUAUAUUUCCGGCUAUAACUCGGGCUAUAGUUCUGGUGAUAGUUCUUCACUUAACUCUAUUAGCGCCGGCCUAUCAAAUGCUGCAGUAGUUUCAGCCCCAGUAUCGUCAGUCAGUACCUUAUCAGGCGGUGAUGGUAUCGUUUCGGCUGCAUUGCCGACCUCAACGACUACAUUAGGCAGCGGUUCAACAGCUAAUUUUGGUGCCGGUUUGGCCUUAGCAGUGCCACAAUUUUUUACUGGUUUUUCGGGCUUAUCUGGAUUUCCUGGAUCUCCCGGACGAACAACAGCUGCUAUUCAGUCGCGAAGAACUUUUGAGAUCAGACCAAUUCCUGUGUCACAAGAACCGGCUGUACCUCAAGUGAUUGAAGUAGAGCCCAGUGAACAACCCGUUCAGGUUAUCUUUAGAUCGGUUUCCAGUCCCGUAUUAGUACAGCAAAUUCAUACUCCCGGUACUCCCGGACGGGUUGAAUCAACACGAUCUGAGGACGAACCCCACCGCGUACUCCAUGAAGUGCUCAGACCUGUCAUUCAAGAGGUUCGCGAAGUAAUUCAACCGUACAGACGAGUUACGCAAGAAGUGAGACCAGUUCUCGAAGAAGUGCACACAGUUGUGGCUAAAGGAGAAAAGGCUAAUGGAUAUGGAUCUGCUUUUGGUGAUAACGGUUCAUAUGGUGCUAGAUCUUCAUCACUACACACUUCUAGAGCAAAGUUGGCCAAAGCUCUCAGUGCUUCCGGAUAUUAUGGAAGAGCAGCCAAAGGUGCAAAAGCUGCCGCCAAAAGAGCCCGCGCUUAA